CAUAAUAACGUUUUGGUGAGCUGAAGUCGUCUCGCGCUGAACGCCGCGUUCGACUUUGCUCUCUCGUGAGCCGGUGUCCUGGCAACGGAAAACCUUCAGACGGCUGGACAACCUGUACGUGAUGAGCUGACCCAAAACCAAAGGAGGUUUACUUCAUGUUGGCUAUUUUUCUUCGGACUUAUAACCCAAACGUCCUCAAGUAAACGAAGGGAUGAGCCCCAAGAAGAACAACACUGCCAGUGGUGUGAUCACCUUCCACACACCAUUUCAUGUCAGCUUGUUAAAAUCAGAGGAGUGCAUGGCUGUUGAGAAGGACGCUACAGACCGCAGAAAGAGCCCGUCUCAGCCGAGCGAGAGGACGAAGAGCACCAGUAAAUGUGUAAGAGCAGAGAAAAAGGAUGAGUCCUCACCCUCUGGGCUACAGUCGGGAGCCACACAGGACUGGCUCUCUCACACCUCCCUCAGACAACUGCAGGCAGAGAUGGAGGAUGAUAGACAGGUGAAAGCAACAAUUCAAGCAAUACUGGAUACAGAAAAUGGCUUUAUGAAGGAGUUGGAGAGGUUUCUGAGUCAACGGGACGUAACAGAGCUGAGAAGGAGGGAGCUGCUGCACAAGCGCUGGACUGAGCGUGUGUGGUUUCCCCUCCAGAGGAGAGUGGAGAGACAUGUGUCCAGCUGCAGCCCUGUGGCGGUCAAGAGGCGCCUGAGUUUAUACAGUCACUACCUCCAUCAAUGCAACACCAAGGGCGUUGUGCUUCUAGAAAGCUAUGAUCUAAGGGAAUACAAUCCGUUUCUUCUCCACAUUAAAAAGCCACACUACGUGAAGCUCAGUACAGCUGACUUAAAGGACCCAUUGUACCUUCGGUUACAUGAAAGACUGAAGGAGAAGAGAACAGCCCGCUCUUAUGAAGAAGGAUGUAAAAGACAAGUAGAGAAGCUGCCUCAGAGUGAUCGUCCUCUUAGUGAGUCUGUGACGUCUCAGGCCGACAUGCUGCUACACGCCUCAUCUAAUCAUCCGGUCACUGCAUCCAGAAAAACUCCAGUGGUGGAUAAGACUGAAGGAAGGAAGUCCAGCAGAAUCAACACCAUACCAUGCCGCCUCUGUGCAACUGCCACACCAGAUGGAAGGUGCCAUCAGACCGGCUGCUGGUUCUCCAAAUGUCGGCGACAAGCAGCAAGUGUACAACAACCUCAGUCCUCGCCUACCUCCAAAUAAAAUCCACAUUAACCGUAAA